CGCUUAACCUCUGACUUAGUACAUGUAAUUUGGCAAUGCUCUGCGCAUCUUGUGUUCGGUUGCGUAUCAAACCUUUCUCCCAGUUUCUCUUUAAACCGCUCUCCUAUGAAAUCACUUGAUGUGACGUUCAAUGCGUUCAUUGGUGUGCUGAAACGAACACGUGUACGGGAAUGCCUUUAAAUACCAUCAAAUGAAUCUACCCACUUAUAGUUGAAGUGGAAUUUACGCAUCUGUGAAUUAUCUAAGAAGUGAAAUUAAAGCAUAAAAAUGGUUGACAAAUUCAUAGGGACAUGGCGAAUGCAGGCCAGCGAGAACUUCGAUGAAUACAUGAAGGCUUUGGGUGUAGGUUUUGCCACUCGUCAGGUGGGGAAUAUGGCCAAACCAAGCCUGACGUUCAGCGUAGAGGAUCAAGGAGUAAUUUGUAUGAAGUCUCAGAGCACAUUCAAAACCACUGAGUUCAAAUUCAAACUCAAUGAAGAAUGCGAUGAGAUUACCGCUGACGACAGAAAAACCAAGACCGUAGUAACCAUUGAAAACGGCAAACUUGUGCAGAAACAGUCCUGGGAUGGAAAAGAAACGACGCUAGAGAGAGAAGUUGUUGAUGGAAAAUUGAUAGCGAAAUGUACGAUGGGUAAAGUUGUGGCGACGAGAACGUACGUCAAGGAGGCUUGAUGCAGUUUGACCCUUGUGACGGCUGGAUUUGAAGACGCCCAGCUCAGUUCAAUGAGCAAAAGACAAAAAAUGGCUGCUUGUGUCUCACUUAUUUUGUAACACCAAAGCAAACCUGUGCCCUGUAUUUUGAGAUGAUUCCUUCAGUAUUAACAUCUUGUGGUGCUUUAAUAAAAAUUUAAAACCAUU